AUGGCGGAAACGGACGACUUCGACUUCCAACUCGAAUUCCUCCAGCCGGUCCUCCGUGAAGAUCGCCAACAGUUUACCCAGAGAACAUGUCCGUCAUGUUAUCUUCGGGACCUCAACAGCCUUGCCCGGACAAAUCGUGUCUGGCACAAGGCUGCAAACACAGCAAUGUACACCAAGCCUUUAGUCUUCACCAAUAAAGAGCAUGGGAAGCUUCCGAAGCUCAAUAUCAAGGGGACCAGCAGACUCAAGUUGCUACGAAAGACUCUUCGCGACAACUUGGGAUUGGGUCGUAGAGUCCGGGAACUGCACCUAGUUGACUUUCAAGCGCUCUAUCUAAACGCCAGCAUCGAGCGAGAAGAGAUUGCAAACUCGGUAGCUUCGUUGGUCAUGGCUUGCCCAAGCCUGGAACGUCUCGUCGGUUUCCACGCUCCAUUUGCACAUGGUUUCGAUCGAUUAUCGUAUGCGCUAUCGACACGAACGUGCCUCAAGGAGCGAGUGUGGAUGUUGACUGAUAGAGAGGACGAAUUUGGAGAGGACGACGAGUUGACGAGCGGGCAUUACAUACGCGAAUGUGAUCCAACAGAACGUUUCCUAGAUUUGAACUCAAAACACCGUUUCCUAUCUACCCUGAUCCUGGAUCAGGAACCAGAACCGUCAUCGACACCUCUAAACUAUCGCGCGGUCGUCGGCACUUUCAAAGGAUUCCCGUAUCUGCGCCACCUGUCAGUCUCUGGACUUUCAGAGACUUCAUUUACUAAUUUGGCCUUGAAUGCUAUACCGGACAACCUGCAGUCUCUUCGGUUAGAGGAUCUUCCUGGUGUAACUGAGAAGGGAAUCCAGCGCUUUGCUGCUUCACCACAAGCAAUCUCGAUCCGGAAGCUGACGCUCAUGGACAUGAACAUCACCAACCUGGCAACAAUAGCGAGUAUCCUAUCUCCUCACUUUGCCAGCCUUCAGCGCUUCACGCUUGUCCAGGAUGCACCGCCCAUGCUUGAUGGAGCCAGGACAAUGCCCAAGUUCCGCUCGCAUUCGCUUCGAUACAUCCACUGGGAAUUGCGCUCCGAGGCCAGUCCGCUACCUGCACUGACUUUGCCUACCUCGGUAGACUCCUCGUGUUCCUUUGCAAUUUCAGAACCAAUGUGCUGCACCGCCACGUCCAUUCUCGCAGACGCCAUCAAAAACCGUGCUCUUCCAUCACUCCGUCGCAUUCGGAUACCACACGACCCACAAGGCAUCAUCCAAUCACUUUGCAAACCCCUUGCAACAGCACUACUUCCGUCUGAUACUUCCAAGUUUGCAAACGCACUCCGCCCUUCUCCCACAAACCAAUAUUCGAUGCAGCUUGACGAGCCCAACACACCCAAUACACCCAGAACAAAACACUUUUCUUACUCCGUCAUGUCUACACUCCGAGUAGAUUCAAAGUCCAACUCGCCCACUUCACCCGCCUUUUCACCUAAUGCCACGGAGUUCGCCCUUACCCCGCUUCGAUCGCGCCUCGCUGCACAGUCUCGUAUACUCAUUGCAAGGAAGGAGGCUGCAAUGACAUUUCGCAUCUUCGACCCUGAGGGUAAAAAGAGAUUGGACAAGACUGUUGGGGAUUAUGUUGGCAGCGUGAGCAGCAAGAUUUCCUACCAUUUAAAGCCCGACGACGGUCUGUCCGAGCAGAGUGAAUGGAUCACGGGGAUUGACGACUUGCUAUACGGUGACCGGGUCCAGGAUGCGGCCGGUGAACAAGCUCCAGUGCGGAUCCGAGGCCCAUGUGGACACAUUUUCGACGGCGGGAUGCGGAGAGGCCGCAUAACAGUUAAGAGCCUAUUCUAA